AUGGGGACCGAGGUCUUGCGCACACAAGGCAUCCUCAGCGACCGGCAGCUCGGAUGCAUGCAUUUCGUGGCCUACUCCCUCUCACGGGGAAGGGUGGCCCCCAGCAUCGCUGGCGGAAGCCACAACCUCAAACCCAGACCUCGCCGGAGGGAGGAGGGCUCUCCAGGACCUGCUGCGAUGAUGAAGAACAGCGACGUUACGGCGGGGGAGCGGCGGUGGGGGGGUUCCCCGACGAAGUCGCCGUCCAUGGACGAGCCAGCGGCGCCGCCACGGGAUAUGAGGUUGAUGGAGCUGAAGGUCGGACGAGGGGAGACUUAUGCCGGCUCAGCGUUCUCUCUCUCACCCUCGCCGAGGGCCCUGCCGCUGCCGAGGUUCUCCUCCAAGAAGCCAUGGGAUGGCGGCGCCAUCGCUGUCGAUCUCUCCGCCACGAAGGACCUGAGGCGGCUCCUUGGACUCGUCUAG